AUAAAUCUAUAGUCAGUUCAUUGGAAACAUUCGACUCUAGCAGCUCUAAACUCUUAAAAUGGCACAUUUUUAUAUGCCUUCGUUGCAUUCAUUCUGUAUGGAAUGGUCAGAUCCCAGGAUUCGUGUUCAGUAUGCGUGGUGAAGGAUGCCCCAACUCAGUGUGGGGCUUUUGUUCAUUCUGCACUUUUUCCCCUCUACGAUCACAAUCACAAGGUGCGGCAACAACUAAAAAUGCAAGCUGAUGUAAUUCAGGAAAACCAGAAGAAAUUGGAAAAUUUAAAUAUAGUUCCAAAGGACUUUCUGGCGAUACUAAACCAGAUAAAGGAACAGCAGGAUCGCCAUACCACAUUCUUUCAGAACUUGGAAAAGCGAAUGAUUCAGCAGGCAGAAGCGGACAUAGGUUUUGAAAUCGAUUUAUUUUACAUACAGAACACAUUAUCCAAAAUCAUGGAAAAACAUAAACCAACGUUCGAGCGGAUCGGUUCUAGGAAUUUUUACAUCGGCAAUCACAUCGCUUUACGUUGGACGUCUGCAAAAACCUACUGUCGUCAUAUAGGAGGCUAUCUAGCAUCCAUACAAAGUGAAAAGGAACUGGCUGAUCUUACGGCGAAACUCAUUGGUAAAGAUUGGUUCUGGCUGGGCACAAAUGAUCGGGAAAAAGAGGGCCAAUUUGUAUCUGGUGCCACCGGCUUGCCAGCUAAAUUUUUAAAGUGGGAUAACAAUGCACCGAAAAACAUUACUGGCAAUGAAGACUGCGUCCUGUUGGAAAAGGGGCUAAUGAGAUCCGCUCCUUGUAAUAGUGUUGGAAGUUUUAUUUGUGAGAAAGAAAAAAUUUAAAAGUUAAAUUGAUACACAAUUUAUACCU